AUGAACGCCAGGAUAUUGUUUUUGCUUGUUUGUUCUGCGGCAUUUUUCACUGGGCUGCAGUGCGCCUCGCCAAGGACCACAGCGGGGAUGGAUCCCCCCACCGCCGGCUUCAGCAACCUCAGCAGCAGCAGCAGCAGUGGCGGCACCAGCGGUGGUAGCAGCGGGGAAACCGGGGGUAAAAGAGACUUGAACCAAACCAUAAACUCCAGGCUCAAGAGGAAAACCCUAGCGGUGGAUUUUGCGGUCCCCUCUCUGCUGCGCUAUUACCUGGCGGAGUUCAUAAAAAGACCCUUGAACGGAGACUGCCAGACUUUUAGCGGAUGUUACACGGUGCGCGCAAACUUGACAAUGCACUGCAUACCUCUACAGAAAACCAUAUCUACUUUUGUGGAACCGAAGUCUGCGGAGUCUGCACAGAGGAACACCUCUGCUGAAGGACAGCUCCCCUUCUUCUUCAAGCGGCCGCUGUCCAAAGUUCUGAAAUUAGGCUUAACAAAAGCCAGCAGGAAAUCAAACCAAGUUGUGGUGGAAAUAGGAGAGGAUAUAGUCAAGACGGGAUGCGGGGGGUUGUCUGUGUACGAGGAGGCCCCGGUGUUAACCCUGGAAAUGGACCUCACAACUAUUCUGGAGUGGUGGCUCGGCGCGGAGGGGGGCCGGCUGAGGGUCCGACUCAUGCCCGAGAAAAAGGCGCAGGUGCCCGGGAUCGAGGAUCGGUACACAGCGGCAAUACGCGCUGCAGACCCCCGCCUCUUUCUUCAGAUAUCCUCCCGGGGUGAACCAUUGGCUGGCAGGGCUGCUGCUGGCAUUCCUAGAGGGUACUGGAGCUUCUCCUGGGUAGCCGAGGACGAUCUGAGCUUUCCCAACGACUCGAUACCCAUGUCAGAUCACCGGUGCCGUGGCAAUAGCAGAACAUGUGACCAGCACCUUGAGGAUAUUCCAGAGUUCACAUGGAGCAUAGUGGCUGCCGGGGACCUGAGGGAGGAGAGGAACGAGAAGACCGAAAAGAAGGCAGGAAGCCCCCGGGGCUGGGAGGAAGGUAAGAGCGAAGGUCAGUUCCUCUGGGUGAACAGUUCAGCCUUUGGGGGCCCUUGGGUGCUGAGUCCUUGGCUGUGGGGUGGCCAAGUCCCCUGUAGUCUGGACAUGGCCGUGUUCCUCCACCCCAAGCAGAGUGGGCAGUACACCAUAUGGCUGAUAGAGCGGGACAAACCGCCGCUCGCCCUCUUCUCCACUGACACGCUGCCACGCAUCACAGGCUGGGCAGUGGUCCACCUCACCCUGGGGACCCACGGAGGAUCGCCUUUUCGGGUGUCAGCCAGCUAUGAUCAGCGGAUCCCACAGGAUGACACAGCCACCAUCGAGCCCCACUUCACCACCAACUGCACCAUGGCAUCCUCACCGGGCCCUAACAUCACACUGGAGGGCCAGUACCACUGCCACCAGGGACCCGGGAUCCCACUGGACAAGCUGUGUGACUUCAGUACAGACUGUCCGCUCGGUGAUGACGAAGGCGACCUAUGUCGCCGCUUUCUUAAUGGCAGCUACUGUUCUUUUGAAGAGGGCGAGUGCAGUUGGCAGUCAAUAACGGGCCGCGGCCUCUCCUGGAGAAGACUCCAGUCUCCAGCCAAGGCUACCAGACAGAGCUGCCCAUCAUCAGGUGCUACAUUCAGUGUGGAGGGAGGUCAAUCUAAAGGUCAGCGUGGCUCAGCGUUACUGAGGAGCCCUCUCUUCCCUCCUCCUUUAAGAAACUCUCCAUGCACGGUGCGGUUCUGGGUGUGCUCUGGAGGCUUACAGAGGGGGGCGCUGUCUCUGUGGAUAGUGGAGAACAGCACAGGCCCCGAGGAGCAGCGCAGACUGUGGCACUCAUCCAGUGAACCCAAAUCUGAGAGGGGGUGGAAACUCAUCAUACUUCCCCUUUAUGGGCUGGCAGACUGGUUCUGGCUGCAGUUCAGCACAGAAGAUGGACCUGGACCCGGUUCAGCCAUCUCUCUCGACAACAUUUCUUUCAGCAUGGACUGCUUCCUGGCUUCAAAUGGUGAAUUUCCACCAGUGGCCAGCAGCACAACCAGGCUGCCAUCUCGACCACCGAUCAAGACCACACCCCCGUCCAUUGGGAGCCCUGUGAUGAACUUCCCCACCUCAGAUUACUCCAAAAAAUGGAUUUUCCAUACCUGUGGGGCUGUGGGCCCCGAAGGCCCGACUCCCACUCAGUGCCUCAACUCCUACAGGAACAGCAACGUCAACGUCACAGUAGGCACCCAAGGGUACUUCAAAGGCAUUCAAAUGUGGCGGGUCCCAGAAACUGGCACCUACAGGAUCACGGCCUACGGUGCAGCCGGCGGUCGAAGUGUUUUGACCAUGAGCAGAUCAUAUGGCGUCUACAUCACGGGAGACUUUCUGCUGAGGAAGGGCGAGCUGCUUUACAUCCUGGUGGGACAGCAAGGAGAGGACGCAUGUCCCAAUGCCAACGGCAUACUGAAUAAGAUCUGCCAGGAACAGAGCGGCCCGAUGGUGAACAAAACUCAAGUGAAAGGAGGCGGAGGAGGAGGUGGCGGGGCUACGUAUUUGUUCAAGGUGGACAAAGGAGUGUACAUCCCCCUCAUCAUCGCUGCUGGGGGAGGUGGCCGAGGCUACAGCAGCCCAGUAGAGACCCAGAUGGAGCAGAUGGACUAUGACCUCAGCCAACCGGGUCGCAACGGGAAGUCAAACGCCGCAGGUGGAGGUGGAGGUUGGAAUGACGGUGCCCCUGCCAGUCAGGGUGGCAGGCCGCUGGUGCUGGGAGGCCAGGGAGGGCAGGCCUGUCAAAAGUUCUGGCAUACCCGCGGCGGCUUCGGGGGUGGCGGAGGCGGCUGUAUGUCCGGGGGCGGCGGCGGAGGCUACAGGGGUGGCAACACCUCCUUAGAUAACAACCCCAGACAUGACGGUGACGACGGCACGUCCUUCCUCGGUCCAGAGGGAGAACCCUUCCUCUAUCCUCUGAAAGCUAUGGAGGGAGAUGGUGAAGUGAUCAUCAGUCCGGUGCAGAAUUGCAGCCACUGUGAGAGCGGUGAAUGCCACGAGAGUGAGGACAGCAUCGUCUGCUACUGCGAAGAUGACCUCAUCCUGGCGCCGGAUGGGGUGUCCUGCAUCAACGCUACAGAGGUGUCCGUGCCGCUUCCUCAACCGUCUCUCUCCCACCUGGCGCUGGGUCUGUCUGUGGGCACGUCGGCCCUCAUCGCCGCCCUGCUGCUGGCUGUGUCUGGAGUCAUGAUAAUGUACAGGCGUAAACACACAGAGCUGCAGUCUAUUCAGCUGGAGCUGCAGAGUCCAGACUGCAAGCUCAGUAAGCUGCGGGCCUCCACCAUCAUGACCGACUAUAAUCCCAACUACUGUUUCGCCGGUAAGACGGCCUCGGUCAACGACCUGAAGGAAGUGCCCCGACGCAACAUCUCCCUCACCAGGGGUCUGGGUCACGGAGCUUUUGGUGAGGUAUAUGAAGGUCUGGCAGUGGGAAUACCGGGUGAACCAAGCCCACUUCAAGUGGCUGUCAAGACCCUACCUGAGGUUUGUUCUGAGCAAGAUGAAUUGGACUUCCUCAUGGAGGCUCUAAUCAUCAGUAAGUUCAGCCACCAGAACAUUGUGCGCUGUAUAGGAGUCAGUCUGCAGGCCAUGCCCAGGUUCAUCCUGUUGGAGCUGAUGACUGGAGGAGACCUCAAGACUUUCCUGAGGGAGACCAGACCCCGGCUGGAGCACCCGUCCAGCCUGACCAUGGUGGACCUUCUCAAUGUGGCGAGAGACAUCGCCAAGGGCUGCCAGUAUCUGGAGGAGAACCAAUUUAUACACAGGGAUAUUGCAGCCCGGAAUUGCCUGCUGACCUGUAAAGGGUCGGGACGUGUGGCCAAGAUUGGAGACUUUGGGAUGGCUCGGGACAUUUACAGGGCAAGCUAUUACAGGAAAGGUGGGCGUGCCAUGCUGCCAGUGAAGUGGAUGCCACCUGAAGCCUUCAUGGAGGGCAUCUUCACGUCCAAAACAGACACAUGGUCAUUCGGGGUCCUGCUGUGGGAGAUCUUCUCACUGGGCUACAUGCCGUAUCCAAGUCGCAGUAACCAAGAGGUGUUGGAGUUUGUUACCAAUGGUGGAAGAAUGGACCCACCCAAGAAUUGCCCUGGGCCUGUGUAUCGUAUAAUGACUCAGAGUUGGCAGCACCAGCCUGAGGACAGGCCUAACUUCUCAACUAUACUGGAGAGAAUCGACUACUGCUUACAGGACCCAGAUGUGGUGACCAUGCCCUUGCCUAUCGAGUAUGGUCCCGUCCCAGAGGAGGAGGAGCGUGUUCCCAUGCGCCCUGACGACCCCUCAGCUCCAACCGUGCUGGUGAACACUCAGGUGCCUGAUGGGGAGGUUCCACAGCCGCCUCCAUCCUAUCCUGCAGAGGAGAACCGCAGAGGUGGGGAGCACACUGUUGUGACGAGCACAGCAUCGGAGGCCAAAGCACAGACGUCGGCUCAGCCCCAGCCAUACCUCCACCAGCACCAGCAACCUCACACACAGACCUCCAUCACCAUCACUACCACCAACACGGUCACCUCCACGGCUGCCUCUACACUCACUGCCAAGGGACCCCAUGUCACCACCCAGCCAAACCCAGAGGGGGGCCACAUCAACUUGGCGUUCACCCAGGGCCACCCACCAGAGAAGGAGGGCCACAACGGGAAGAGCACCAGUCUGUGGAACCCCACAUAUGGCUCGUGGUUCCUGCAGCAGCAGCAGAGGAAGCAACAGCAGCAGCAGCAGCAGCAGCAGCAGCAGCAGCAGCAGAGGCAGGGAGGGGUCGGGGGAUCAGGAGGCAGCAGUGGCAGGGUGCCUGGCGAGGGGCAGGAGCAUGUGGGCCGGACGGUGGCUGAGGUAGCGGGGGCGCUGGGUCUCCAGCACCAGCACAAGCAGUUCCAGCAUCAGCUCCAGCAGCAGCACCAACUCCAGCUGCUGCACCAUCAGCAGCAGCAGCAGCAGGGUCUUUGCAGACCCCUGUUACCCCCUCCACCACCUCCUGCUGCCCAGUCACCCCUGCUUUUAGAUUCAGCUGCUUUGCCCCCGGUUCCCCUCUACAGACUGAGACGCUUCCCCUGCGGGAACAUCGGCUACGGCUACCAGGAGCAAGGCCUGCCUCUGGAAGCCACCCACGGCAACCCAAACCCCCCUCCUCCUCCACCUCCUCCGUCCCAACAGGGCACCUCCAUGUCCACCUCAGCCGCCCACCAGAGGGGGGCCCCUGUUCCCACCUCUAUGUCUCUGGGUCGGUCAGGUAUAUCUGAGGACAGCCGCCCACUGCUAGUCACCAUGGGAACAGUGCAAGACCCCAGGCUGCCCAGGAUGGAGGGCCACAAUGCCACCGUGCUUUAGCCCAAAUGCCUGUACUGCUGGUCUUAUUUUCAGGCCCUGCCUGAGACUGUGUGUUCAGGACACACAACACGAAACACUGUGUAAGGACAGAGACUGUUUUACACCACCCUUACCCACUAUUUUAGUUUCUUCCUCCAGUUCAGAAAGAACCCAUCUCUCAUAAGCAGAGCUGGAUGGAUGCAUCAGGCUUUUCCCAUGAGAACCUUGGAGGUGUGUUAAAAUCCCCAGUGGAUGCUGAAGCACAUCAGAGAACUUUUAAAAAAAAAAAAAGUUUUGGGAGGCAAAAUGUAGAGUAAAGGCUAGUUUUAAGAGUUUAAAAAAAUGUAUUUUUUCAAUGCUGGAGGGAGUGACUGAAGGAAUGAAAUGCAGAGAGUUUACAGCAGGAAGACGUGGGGAGAACUGUUCACUGACAGCUGGGCAUGUCACAAGCAGAAUGGACAAUUACUCGGAUUCAAAUCUCUAUAUUUUGCCAGACUUCAGACUUUAAGUCUCAAACUUUGGUGACCAGUUUGACUGUAGCAAUUGCGAAGUUGUCCGCAGCUGCCAGCCACACGCGUCAGUUCUACAUCAGAACCCUCACACUGUUCCUUAUCCACAUCCUUUUGGAAAACAACAACGUGGUAAAUAACUUGUAUCAGACUAUUUUUCAAGAAUAUCACAGACUAGGACGCUGGAUUACCAGAGACAUUUAUACUAAAAAAAAAAAAAUACUGGGAAAAUGUGUUUGUUGAUGUUUGCUUGCCUGCUUGUUUAUUUAUUCAUUUGUUUAUUUAUUAUUUGGAAGUGGCUCUAUAAAUUAUUAAUGAACAGGCUUCUUAAAAUCCAAACAAAUUCAUUUUACAUCAGCUGGUUUUCACUUCAGGUUUCUAAGCUGUAGAAAUUUAUUUUUAGUAAUAUCUGACAACAAAAAAAGGUGAGAAAGGAGAGUUUGAACAAUCCCAGAAGAUGAUUGAAAUAUCCUGACUGUUUUGUUAUCGCACUGAUAAAGGAAAUCAGUUGUGGCCUUUAAGGUGGAGCUGAUGUAUGAAUAGAGCGCUGGAGCAGUUGGGUUGGAGAGGUGAUUUAACAAAAGAAUAGUUUGAAGACAAGCCUCCCUCAGCAACAUUUAAGAGUUCAGCUUUUUGUUACCACUGAAGAUUUAUAAUAACUCAUUGCCCCUGGUACUAGUGAGAUCACUGCUCCAUGAACUCUCCUUUUGUUCAUGACUCCAUUCUGUUGAAAGAGUGCUUUGAGACAGUAAAGUUGAGGCUUUUCUUUACUUAUGGCUUUUUCAGUAACCUUUUAUUAAUUCGUUUCUUGUUUAAAAAAAAAUGUUUCUUUCCCUUUUUUGUCUGAAUAUAGAAACAUACUAGAUAUUGCUGAAUCAAUUUUAACCUUCAAAUUGCUAUCUGGAAGCACUCUACAUUCCUAAAAUUUCAUAUUUUAUCUUUUCUAUUAUAGGAUGAGUGUUGUGGAAUACAAAUGAGUCUGAGUGAAACGUUUGAAUACAAACUGCUUUUUCUCCAUAUGUGAAUGAAACCCGGGACCAGUAUGAGUCUCAUUCCGAUUCAUGUUCACACACAUGGUGUUAACACUUGUCUGUGUUUCAAGUCUGCUUUUUUCAGUUUAAGGACGGUCGCACAAAGUAUAUCUAUCAAAUAACACCAUGAGCGUGGCAGUGUUGAUAUUUAGGUGAAUGAUGACAAUGUAUCAGUUUUUUGAUGCUUUGCUUGACUAUGUUUGGCAAUCCUGUCAGUCCGUCUGCUGUAAAGCCAUGAUGAGCUGUCAUGUGCGUGUCAUGAUGCUCACUGACUGAUUAAGACAAAUGCAUUCCUGUCAGCCAAGUCAAUGAGCAAGUUAAAUAUUGGCUAAUGAAAAGUAUUUUGCUUUGUCUCCAGUACCUGUGUUAUAUGCAUUCAUUCUGUGUUCCCUCCACAGUUCGUCCCCAUCGUUUGAUGUAAAAAGACAUACUGAACUGCACCUGUAAAUGUUGUAAUUAUAAAGUAUUGUACUAUGGCUCUGGUAAAGCUGUAAAUUGCCCUUCAGAAGACAUUCGCCAAAAUUAAUAAAUUACUAUAUAAUAAA